AUGAAUAACACGCUUGUGGACAAACUCUAUGUUAUAGGGUUACCACCAGAUCAAUACAAAGAAUGGAGGAAACUCCUUAAUUUUGAUCAGACUUGGAGAGAAAGAGAGAAGGAGAAGAAGGGCUACUUUGGUCAGACAAAGAGGACCAGAGCGAGGAAGGACGAUGGAGGCGGAAAAAAAGCCUAUUCUGGAACCAGAGACAGAAUUGGAACUGUUUAUUUGGGUACUGGGCAACCCAUGGAAAUAGACAAGGCUAAAUAUAGGAAAGAAGGACUCUGCUUUAAAUGCGGAGUCAAAGGACACAUUGGAAAGUUCUGUCCCACAGAAGGGAAGAACAAGAUUGACUUGCACACAAUGAUAGCGGCAUUGUCAAAAGAAGAGUGCAAAGCUCUAAAGCUGGAUUUUUGA